AUGUCGAGCGGGAGGCUUUGUGGUUUCACGCCAAUAACUUUCUGUCGCAAGCUGUCAAGAUUGCAGGUUGCGAGAGGGCUUGCUCUAAAGAGGCUUAUCAAGGGCAAACACGAGUUUAGACGUGUAUCAACAACAAAGAACAAUGUCGAGAAAAAGAACACUAAAAAUAUCAAACGCACAGCUUCACAAAUAUCUUCCGUUGCAGAAGUUUCUCCGAAGAGUUUCAGUUCUACAAAACAAGCUUUUGCUUCAGGCGUGCCGGUAAAGAAUGAAAAGAAGAAACCGAGUACACCAAGAAACAACAAUAUCGAAGGUUCUUCGCCGAAAUGUUCUGCGAAUUUCAUUUUAAUGGUGGAGUUGAGGAAGAACAUCUUCGCUUUCAGAGAUAUGAUUGAUUUGCCUUCUCUUGAUGGUUCUUUAUCUGUCACCGAGAUCAUAACACAUACAAUGAAGGAUCUACAAAAGCUUUCUCCAGAGAUUGUAACCAUUAAUCAGUCUUUUGAAAUGGAAGGAGCUGAGAUUGAUAAGAUGUUGAUUUUCUUCUACGAGGAUCUCAGAGCUAUUGGUGAUUCUUGGAUUAUGGAUAGUGACUGGAUUUAUCGAUCUAAGUACAAGAACAGUGGAGUUGGGAAGAAUAAGUCAGAUCGUCUUGUGGAGCAUGUUUUAGCAGCUCUUGAUGGACUUAUCAAGAUGACAAGAGAAAGAUUCGGUAUGAUGGAUCUUGAAUCUGAUGGAAGAAAGAGUUUUACAGGAAAAAGUGUUCCAUCAGAAGCAAGAAGAAGUUUUACAAGAUCUGUGUCAUACUCUGAAAGUUACAACUCUUUUUACCCAUCUCCAUUAACACCGAGAUCGGUUCUUCCCGGUACGAUGAUGAUGUCUAGUAGUAACUCAACAUCUCCAAGCCUCUGGAACUUAAGAGCUCAAGCUUUGGAUAAGUUAAGCCCUGCUGAUUUGAAGCAGCUCGCUAUGCAGAUAUUAUCGCAAAGAGAUUCAGAGAGUGUUGCUGAUCUUGAUCUUAAGCAUGGUAUCGAAGAAGAAAAAGAAGAGAGUGAGAAAUUAGCAGAGAAUGAAGAAGAAGAAGAAGAAGAAAAUGGUUCCUCUGUUUCAGAAACUGAACAUGAUAUAGAAACAGAGGAUCAUAGCAAAGGUUCCGAAACAGAGCAUCACAACAAACGUUAUGAAACAGAGAAUGGGACUGAUCAUAUCAGAGGUUCUGGAACAGAGCAUGAGAGUGAAACAGAGCAUCAUAGCGAAACAACAACUUCAGAGACUAGCACAAUAGAAUCUUUUCAAGAAGAAAUCUCAGUAACUCAACUGGCUCCACCUUCUCCACCACCACCACCACCAUCGCCGUCACCAACGGUCUCACAACCGCCACCGCCACCUCCAUCAUCACCACAGCCGGAAAGAAAAGCUUUGACUCCUCCACCGCCGCCACCACCUUCAAAAACACAUGAUUGUGGAGAUUUUUGUCAACUUCAGAACCCGGAAUCUGUAAAUGGCGAUAAUAUUCCGUCGAUGCCGGCACCUCCGGCACCGCCGGGUAGCGGAAGAUCCUUGCGUGCCAAGAAAGCAACUAGCAAAUUGAGACGAUCAGCACAAAUUGCUAAUCUGUAUUGGGUUCUCAAAGGAAAGCUUGAAGGCCGUGGCGUACAAGGAAAAACAACAAAAGCAAAUAAAGGGCAGAAGAAUGUUGCAGAGAAAUCUCCUGUUAAAGGUGCAAGAUCAGGAAUGGCUGACGCACUUGCAGAGAUGACAAAAAGAUCGAGUUAUUUCCAGCAAAUCGAAGAAGAUGUGCGAAAAUACGCAGAAGCAAUAGAUGAACUGAAAUCUUCAAUACAGCAUUUCCAGACAAAAGACAUGAAAGAAUUGCUCGAAUUUCAUAGCAAAGUGGAAUCUGUUCUUGAGAAACUAACUGAUGAAACUCAAGUUCUCGCAAGGUUUGAAGGUUUCCCUGAGAAGAAACUAGAAGCAAUUAGAACAGCUGGUGCCUUGUACAAGAAGUUAGAUCAGAUUCUAGUUGAGCUCAAGAACUGGAAAAUUGAGCCUCCAUUAAACGAUCUUCUCGACAAGAUAGAGCGUUACUUCAACAAAUUUAAAGGAGAAAUCGAAACGGUGGAACGAACAAAAGAAGAAGAGGCUAGAAUGUUUCAGAGACACAACAUAAAUAUCGAUUUCGAAGUUCUUGUUCAAGUCAAAGAAACUAUGGUUGAUGUUUCAUCAAAUUGCAUGGAGCUAGCACUAAAGGAGAGGAGAGAAGCGAACGAGGAGACGAAGAACAGUGAAGAAAGCAAGAUGGAUAAUAUGAAGGCAGAGAGAGGUAAACGGCUAUGGAGGGCUUUUCAAUUUGCUUUCAAGGUUUAUACAUUUGCAGGAGGUCAUGAUGAACGAGCAGAUCAUUUAACAAGACAACUUGCACAUGAGAUUCAGACAGAUCCUGAUCAAACAGAUUCAGCCAUCAUGUCCUAA